ACAGUCACACGUACACACACUUUCCUUUCACUCUGCCUAGUUACACCAAUCCCCCACUGCAUUACUUACACCAAUCCCCCACUGCAUUACUUACACCGGUGCAGUCAGAGCUCGUACACAUCCAUGCUCAUGCACACAAAUAUGUGUCCGCACACACACACACACACACGGACAUUAUUCUGACGGUGUGCUGCUGGAGAGGCAGGGCUCUGGUUUCAUUCAGGCUUCAGGCAGCUGUGAGGUUAGAGUCUCGUGUUUGCGUGCAGUGGCUACGAGGCGCUUGACAACAAAGGUAUCAGCUCGGAAAAUCAAAAUGAAGACAUGAAGACUCUGGAUCAUCGUUUCAUUUUCACAGUUUGAAUGGAUUUUUAGUUCCGGACAUGCAGACAUAGAUGUAUGACCAGACACGGUUUUAAGGAUAUAAGAGGGCGCUGAUCAUUUCCAGAGAAUUUCGGACUGAUCUUCUUCAGCCAAUGGCUACAACAGAAACCAAAGUCGCAGGCAGCGUUAGCACCGCGGGUCUGUCGUGGGCGCGGGUGUGUAAGGAGUGUGGCCAGCAGCACGAGGGCUUGGACUGCCACCUGUAUGAGUACCAGGAUGAGGUGGACGAUGAACUGGUUUGCCACAUCUGCCUGCAGCCCCUCCUCAGACCUAUGGACACCCCUUGUGGCCACACGUACUGCUUUCAUUGUCUGAGCAACUUCUUGAAAGAGCAGGACUUCUGCCCCGUGGACCGCCUGCGGCUGCAGUUGCAUCAAUGCCGUCCCUCCAGCCUGCUGGUCAGGAACCUGCUGGACAAGCUGACUGUGAUGUGUCCCCACUCCGCAGAGUGUCAGCAGCAGAUGCAGCGCUGCGAGCUGCAGCCUCACCUGCACAACAGAUGUCCUGUUUUUAGAAGACUGAGGGAGGAAGCAGAGAAGAGGAAGAGGCCCUCGUGGAACGAGCUAAAGGGGCGUAAGGGUGACGUGGAGUCUUCUGGUGAUGCUAAACAUUCAACAACACAGUCCCGAAAUCCCACCAGAGAUCAGCCUGAGCCCGGGCUGAUUAAUCCUGCCUAUGAAGAAAGUGAGGAAGACAACACCCCCCUGCGGUCCAGUCUGGUGGCCGAGUCCAUUGUGGUGGAGCUGUUCAGAGAGGAGCCGGAGGAGGAGCUGGGCCUUCGCAUCGUGGGGGGGAAAGACACACCGCUGGGGAACAUAGUCAUCCAGGAGAUUGUCCGAGACUCGCUAGCAGCUCGUGAUGGCCGACUGGCCCCGGGGGACCACAUCUUAGAGGUGAAUGAUGUCAGCCUGGCUUCAGUCCCCCACGCCCGAGCCAUCUCAGUGCUCCGCCAGCCUUCCCUCCUCCGGCUCACUGUCAUGCAGGAGAAAGGUUUCAAGACGAGGGAUCCGCGGUCUGAUCAUCACGCUUCCUCUUGCAUCACGUCCACCGCCUCCCAGCCCUCUCACAGUCCCCACGUCAACGCUACCUCCAAUCACAACCCCGGCACGGUCCUGCAGGUGACGCUAAUGAAGAGUCUGCGCACCGAACCGCUCGGCAUCAAACUCAUCCGCAAAUCCGAAGAGAGCGGGGUUUUCAUCCUGGACCUGCUGUCGGGUGGUUUAGCGGCCAAAGACGGAAAACUGAGGAACAAUGACAAGGUGUUGGCCAUCAAUGGACACGACCUGAGGCACGGUACACCUGAGAGCGCUGCCCAGAUCAUACAGGCGAGUGAGGUGCGUGUGAACUUUGUGGUGAUGAGACCUGCAGACGCUCAGGAAGAAGGAGGCAGCAGAGAGGGACAACACAGCAGAGCAAACAGGAGGCCUGAGCCGCAGUACUUCAGGCGCCGGUCCACCUACAUGAAGGAUCCUCCAGGUGGGUUUUCCAGCCAGGAGAAGACUGUGAGUCUGAAGAAGGAGCCUCGGCUCUCUCUGGGCAUCACCAUCGCCGGGGGGAGGGACUGUCGCAGCCGUCUGCCCGUUUACAUCACGAGUGUGCAGCCUGUCGGCUGUCUUCACCGAGACGGCACCAUCAAAAGAGGCGACGUUCUGCUGAGCAUCAAUGGCGUCGAUCUGACCCAGUUGACCUACAACGAGGCUGUUUCUGUGCUGAAGACUCAGACAGCUCAGUCCCAGGUGGCGCUCCGUGCCAUCCAGACCCUCUCAGAGGACUCGGAGGAGGACGCCGAGGCUGCCAGCAAGGACGAACUGGACGCUGUGGACGACCCACGAGACGACGCCCUCAACUGGACACCACUGUGGACUCGCUGGCUGGGAUUACCAAGCCCCAUGCACUGGUGCCGGGACAUCGUCCUACAGAAGACCAACAACGAGAGCUGGGGCUUCAGUAUCGUCGGCGGCUACGAGGAGAGCCACGGCCAGCAGCCUUUCUUCAUCAAAACCAUUGUGCCUGGUACACCUGCUCACUUCGACGGACGCCUCAACUGCGGCGAUGAGAUUGUGGCGGUGAAUGGAGCCACAACGGUGGGAAUGAACAACUCCUCUCUCAUCCCCAUGCUGAAGCUGCAGAAGAAUAAAGUCACACUGACUGUGGUGUCCUGGCCUGGGAGUCUCGCGUAGCAAAACACACCUGCACAUUCACUCUCUUUUCUUUCCGUCACCCUCGUUAAUUGUUCACAUGAUACUCGCCCUGUUCAGCUGCAUUCUUCACCGGGGCGCUCACUGUCGCCUCCCGUAUGUAACUCUUCGUUCGGUUGCGUUGAUGUUCCUUCUGUGUAAUACAGAAGACGUUCGCUAAAGAACCAUCCUGUGUACAAUAGAAAUGACUCUCCCAAGCUCGUUUGAAGCAGGCUGUUUGUUUCAGUGUCCUCUCACACUCAAAGGGCAGAUGUUUGCACAAAGUGGGAUUAAUCAGGGUGCAAAAAUGAUGACAAUCAGUGAGCUAUAUUCUAUGGACAAACUGGAAGGAUGGUUGUUGAGUACUUCAUGUAUUUCUUUGCUUUCCUGUUAAAUAAUAAUACGAUAUAUUUAGACAGUUGAGAUGAAGAAUUAUAUAUAUA